GGCAUUGUUUUCAAACUAUAAACCAGAGGGGCUCAGUCUAAUGGUAUAUUAUGUUCUUUGAGUAUCAUUACUGUAUUUCACUUUGAAGUCACAUUAGCUGAUGAUGCUUAGUUGGAGUGUUAGGGAGAGAGGCCAGCUGAGAUCAGAGCAUUUGUGGCUGAUGAGGCUUCCAAGGAAAUACUUGUGGGGUGGUGAUGCCUUUGAUAAUACUCCUCGGUCAUGUUUCUUUUUAAUUAAUAAUUAUCUAAUUUGGGGAACGUGGUGCUCGAGGCCUGACAACACCAAUCUGAGUCUGAAGGGCAAAACCGUGGCCCCUUUCCCUUCGUUUCCUUCCAUGAAAGGAAACAAGAAGGAUUAAGGGCGGUAGAAAAAAAAGAUGCUUUGACAAAGGGCUUUUGUUAAGGUCGGUUUCUAUAACAGCCGAAAGCAAAAGGGGCGCGUUGUGUUUAUGGCGGGAAAGGAUGAGUUCGUCUGGCUAGUUGGAGGGGUUCCGACGAGAGCCAAGGGUCAGGUUACAUGAGGGGAAAAUAACCUUCCCUCAGGCGCUGAAUCGCUGCUUUGAAAGGAAGUGACAUGAGGUGGGGAGAGAAACGUCAGCUGAGGAGUCUUUAAUUUUUUCUGGCUUUUUUUUUUAAGGAGGACCCACCCCGAGGGUGGAGUCUGGCUUUCUUUCUCAGCGUUGGCUGCCUUACAGCUCAUACAAACUAACUGGCAAUUUCGCUUUGCUUUCCAGAGCAUCCAUGUCCAAGGGUGGCCAGCACGAGGUAAGUGUGAUCUUCCGGCCGUUUCUUCUCCAGAACUUGGGAUUUGCGGGGCUCGAACACACUGCCCUCCCCUUGUUUGGGUGGUAGCUCAUGGGAAGCACAGAAGCAUCUAGUAAGGGCGGUGUGUGGAUGCAGGAGAGCACAGCGUGUGUGGAUGUAGUCCACCAGGUAGCCUUUUUUUUUGCGAAGUACUUAUAUUGUUCAAUUUUGGUCUUAUAUGCCUUUUUUCUCUUCAGCCCGCGUUUCUUCAUUCAAUUUGUCUCGGAGGGCGGGAGUGGCGGCGGCGGGAGAGGACCGAGGCCAACAGGCAUUUUCCCGCUACAUGUUGGCUCCCUUUUGUGUCAAUGCAACAAGCGCUUUCGUUCCCCCCCCUGUUUCCAUGGGAACAGCCAAAAAAAAUUGUAAACUAUUUUUUUUGCUGCUGCUGCUGUGAUCCUAAACUGCGCCUCGCGAGGCCUUUUGUGUGUUGAGGUGGUUUUAUUUGCGCCAGGUGCCGGGCACCCCCGGUCUUCUCACGACCCGGCUUGGUUUUUCCAUAUCCACAAAGAGAAGAUGGGGGAGGGAAGAGGGUUGCCUUGGAAACCGACGUUUGUGACACGCUGUUUGCAGCCGCUUUCCUGAAUGUUUUGCUCCCGCAAAAGACCAUGUUGUCAUCUAAAAUAAUAAUAAGCAAUUGCUCAUAAAAAGCAAAAAGGGACUAAAAUUUACUGUUCUGACUUCCUGGAUUGCACUCCAUUUUCUGAAGGCCUUACAUUGCCACCUUAAGCCAUGGACAUCGCUGGAUUUCUGAAGUCUCAGUUUAUUUGCCACCUUCUUAUCAGUUACAUAUUUAUAGUGUCGGGACUAAUAAUCAACUUCAUUCAGCUCUUCACGCUCUUUCUCUGGCCAUUCAACAAGCAGCUUUUCAGGAAGCUCAACUGCAAGUUGGCUUACUGCAUUUCAAGCCAAUUGGUGAUGUUGCUGGAAUGGUGGUCAGGCACUACUUGUACCCUCUAUACGGACCCACAGAAUUACCACAAGUACGGGAAAGAGAAUGCCAUCGUAAUCCUUAAUCACAACUUUGAAAUCGACUUUCUCUGUGGUUGGAACUUUUGUGAAAGAUUUGGGGUUUUAGGGAGUUCCAAAGUACUUGCAAAGAAGGAGCUUUCAUAUAUGCCUAUCAUUGGCUGGAUGUGGUAUUUCCUUGAGAUGGUCUUCUGCAAGCGCAAAUGGGAGGAAGACCGGAAGACUGUCAUGCGAAGCUUGCUUAAUCUCCGAGACUAUCCUGAAAAUUUCUGGUUUCUGAUUCACUGUGAAGGUACAAGGUUCACAGAGCAAAAGCAUGAAAUCAGCAUGCAGGUGGCUGAAGCCAAAGGCCUACCCAAGCUAAAGUAUCAUCUCCUGCCACGGACAAAGGGAUUUGCCAUCACUGUCCAGUGUUUGAGAAAUGUAGUUUCAGCUGUGUACGAUUCUACACUGAACUUCAGAAAUAAUGAAAAUCCAACUUUGCUGGGAGUUUUGAAUGGAAAGAAAUAUCAUGCAGAUUUAUAUGUAAGACGAAUUCCAUUAGAGGAGGUCCCAGAAGAUGAGCAGGAAUGUUCUAAAUGGCUCCACAAACUCUAUCAAGAAAAGGACUCCUUUCAAGAGGAAUACUACAGAACAGGAAUCUAUCCAGGUACUCCAGUAGUUCCACCCCGGCGGCCAUGGACUCUCUUGAAUUGGCUUUUUUGGGCCUUAUUGUUGCUAUAUCCUUUGUUCAAGUUGCUCAUCAACAUGACCAGCAGUGGCUCGUCACUCACUCUCGCCACCUUUGCCUUUGUUUUUCUUGCAGCUUCAGCUGGUGUUCGAUGGAUGAUAGGAGUUACAGAAAUUAAUAAAGGUUCAACUUAUGGCAACCAUGGUCACAAGGGAAAAUGGAAGUGAACUCUCCAAAGACUGCUUCAUAUCCAGAGGGAACACACACCUGCUGUGAACUGUUGUGCGUAUCAUUCUCCUUCAGACAUGAGGACAAAGAAGAUUAAUGGAGAGAUGGCCAUACUUUUGCUGCAUUCAUACUCUUCUCUCCCUCUGUCCCUCACCCACCCACCCACUCCUGGGGACGUUUUGAAAAUGAUUCUAUCACUCUUUCCCUGCCUGGUUUUUCACAGACUAUGUUUCUUUAAGAUUAAGGAACAGGAAACACACAGACCAUAUAGCAAGGAAGCAUCUAAAGGAAGAGAUUCUUCUCUCCCCCCAUCCCAGGUGGAUUUAUGA